AAAGCCACGACAGCAGUCGAAGCGCGCGGCGCGCCUGCCUAGCCAUCCCGGCCACCCGGGGCCAGGGCCCAGGGGGAGGGGAAACCGAGGCAGGCGGCGGCCGCAGCAGCGGCAGCGCAGGGCGCACGCGCUUCUCGUUUCGUGUCCCCACACCCCAGCCGAGGGGGAGUUGGAGGGAAGUAACCGGAGGCGCAGCUUCAAGGAGGAGGCUGGCGGCCGAGCGUUCGUGCGGCAUGGGGAGGGACGAGCUGCUGCGGCGGAGCCUCGUGGCGCUGGCGGCGGCCGUGGCGCUCACGGGCUUGGCCACGGCGUCGCUGCGCAAGGCGGCGGCCACAUACGGGUUCGGCAUCCUCGCCAUCGCUGGCGUGCUGCUCCCGGACUGGGAGUUCUUCGACCGGGACUACUCCCAGUGGCUCACCCCCAUGCCCGCCUCCCGACGCACGGCCGCGGCCGCGGCCGCCGACCGGGAGCACGACGUCUGGAAAUUCAAGCCCUAUCCUCUCAGGGUGGCCAUGCUGACGACCAUCUACGGGUUCGGUCUUCACAAGUGGUGGACGUACGUAUCUAGCUAGCGGAGUGGGUCUUCACAGCAUGACCGACGAACCCGAAGGUUGAAAUAUCAUUGAUUAGGUUGUAGCCAAGUUCCUCUUUUUUUUGUUGUUGGAUUGGAAGAAGCAAAAUACUGUGACAGCGCCUUGUCAUAUAUCAUCAGUUCUUCACUGUGA